AUGGCCCUCCCCAAAGGCCUCUCGGCCGUCCUGGCCAAGGCCCCCUCCGACACGGUCAUCCUCUCGGCCCUGCGCACGCCCAUCUGCCGCGCUUACAAGGGCCAGCUGAAGGACGCCUACCCAGAGGAGCUGCUGUCGGUGGUGCUGCGCGCGACCCUCGACGCGAACCCGGACCUGGACCCCAAGCACAUCGACGACGUGGCCGUCGGCGUCGUGCUGUCGGAGCUGGGCGGCAGCAAAGCCGCCCGCAUGGCCAUGAACCACGUCGGCUUCCCCAACUCGACGUCGCUGUACACGGUCAACCGCGCCUGCAGCAGCAGCCUGCAGAGCGUCGCGGCCAUCUCGGCGCAGAUCCGCACGGGCAUGAUUAGUGGUGGCAUCGCGGCCGGCAUGGAGAGCAUGACGCGGAACUACGGGAGCAGGGCCAUACCGGAGGACCUGUGGCCAGAACUCAAAGAGAGCGGCUCCAAGGACGCGCGCGACUGCAUCAUGCCAAUGGGGCUGACGAGCGAGAACGUGGCGGCGCGGUAUGGUGUGGGCAGGAGGGAACAGGACGAGUUCGCCGUCGAGUCGCACCGCCGGGCCGCGAAGGCGCAGGCCGACGGCUCGUUCAAGCAGGAGAUCGUCCCCGUCAAGACAAGGUUCCAGGAGGUCGACAAGCAGGGCAACAACGUCGGGGAGGAGCGGCUCAUCACGGCCACGCAGGACGACGGGAUCCGCGCGAACGCGUCGCUCGAGGGGCUCGCGAAGCUGAAGCCGGCCUUCAAGGGCGACGGCGCGAGCACGGCGGGCAAUUCCAGCCAGGUCAGCGACGGGGCCGCGGCCACGCUGCUGAUGCGGAGGUCUACGGCCACGGAGCUGGGGCUUAGUGGGAGUAUCAUCGGCAAGUUCGUCGGCGCCGCGACGGUAGGCUGCGCGCCGGACGAGAUGGGCGUCGGGCCCGCGCUGGCGAUCCCGAAGCUGCUGGGCGGGUUCGGGUUAGAGACGAAAGACGUGGAUCGCUGGGAGAUCAACGAGGCGUUUGCGAGCCAGGCUAUCUACUGCGUGCGCGAGCUGGGACUGCAGGCGGCGUGGGAGGAGGGGCGGGUCAACCCGGAUGGGGGCGCGAUUGCGCUGGGGCAUCCGCUGGGGGCUACGGGGGCGAGGAUGACUGCUACGACUUUGCAUGGCCUGGGCAGGACGGGCGGGGAGGUGGGUGUGGUUAGUAUGUGUGUGGGCACGGGGAUGGGGAUGGCUGGGCUGUUUGUGAGGGAGUAG